AAGAAAGGUGGUUGAAAUGUGGUUCCUCUCUAUCGAAGCUCUUGUUGCGUUGUUGGCGUUGUUGGGUGGACUAGUGUAUUACGUAAUACGGAAGCAAUCCUAUUGGAAAGAUCGCAAUGUACCUCAUCCAAGCCCGACGUUUUUCCUCGGCAGUUUUAAAGACGCCGGAACAAAGGUUCAUUUUACAGAACCUGUGGAACAGUAUUACAGCAUGUACAAGGGUAAACAUCCAUUCAUGGGUGUGUACAUGUUGAUAUCACCAGUUGUGUUACCUACGGAUCUGGAGCUGAUAAAAUCAAUCUUAGUCAGGGACUUCAAUUACUUCCACGAUCGUGGCUUGUACUACAAUGAGAAACACGAUCCGCUGACAGCUCAUCUGUUCAAUUUGGAGGGUCAAAAAUGGAAGAAUCUUCGCAAUAAGCUAACGCCCACAUUCACGUCCGGAAAGAUGAAAACGAUGUUUCCUACGGUAGUUGCAGCCGGAAAACAGUUGAAGGAUUUUAUGGACAAAAACGUCGAGAAAAACAGUGAACUGGAAAUGAAGGACAUUAUGGCCCGGUUUACGACGGAUGUAAUCGGGACGUGUGCAUUCGGUAUCGAGUGUAACAGUAUGCGUGAUCCGAAUGCAGAGUUCCGAGCGAUGGGAAAAUUGUUUGUAGAUCGUCCUCCAUCGCAUUUCGUCAAUUUGUUGGUUCAGUUUUCGCCGAAGCUUAGCAAGCUGUUGGGCAUCAGGCUUAUUGAUAAGGAAGUGUCGACCUUCUUCCUGAAGGUGGUUCGAGAUACCAUCGAUUAUCGAGUGAAGAACGGCAUAGUGCGCAACGACUUUAUGGACCUAAUGAUUCGCAUGCUUCAGAACAAGGACAAUCCAGAGGAAUCGCUCACAUUCAACGAAGUGGCAGCACAAGCGUUUGUAUUCUUCUUCGCCGGCUUUGAAACGUCCUCUACUCUGCUGACCUGGACAUUGUACGAGCUGGCACUGAAUCCCGACGUCCAGGAAAAGGGUCGUCAGUGUGUGAAGGAGGUUCUGGAGAAACACAACGGGGAGAUGACGUACGAGGCUAUCCUGGACAUGAAAUACUUGGAUCAAAUCUUGAAAGAGUCUUUACGCAAAUACCCGCCAGUUCCGAUGCAUUUCCGAAUGACGGCUCAAGAUUAUCCCGUACCGAAAACAGAUUCCGUCAUAGAGGCCGGUACAAUGAUUAUGAUUCCCAUCUUCGCCAUCCAACGUGAUCCGGAUAUAUUUCCCGAGCCGGAAAAGUUCAACCCAGAGCGAUUCAGCCCUGAAGAGGAAGCGAAACGCCACCCGUUUGCUUGGACACCGUUUGGCGAGGGUCCGAGGGUAUGCAUAGGGUUACGAUUCGGCAUGAUGCAGGCACGGAUCGGAUUGGCAUAUAUGCUGCAGGGCUUUAGCUUUUCCCCGUACGAAAAAACUUCCGUCCCGAUGAAAUUCAUUAUCAACUCUUUUAUCCCAGCUCCGAAAGAUGGUUUGUGGUUGAAGGUGAAUAAACUAUAACGGAUAUUUUCUUGCAGCUCUGCGUGUAAAAUCUUAGAACGGCAAAUUUUAUAAUUUUUGUGGAAAAGAUGUAUGGUAUGGAUAUAUGGUAUGUUUUAAACGUUCACAUUUUGUAUUGAAUAAACCAGUCGUGGAUUAAACUAG